CACUGAUUGGCAUUGAUAGGUGGCACUGAUGGGUGACACUGAAAGGCAGCUCAGAUGGGCACUGAUAUGUGGCAUUGAUGUGCACUGGUAGGCACUGAUAUGUGGCAUUGAUGUGGCACUGAUGGGCACUGGCACGAGGCACUGAUGAGCACUGACACAAGGCACUGAUGGACACUGACAGGUGGCGCUGCUGGGGCUACACUGAUCAUCAGGGCACACUGAUCAUCAGUGCCCUGAUGAUCAGUGCACAUGUCUCCUCCGCGGAAGGCCGAUUACCGGCUCUCCUCUGCUCUCGAGCUGUCAGAGAAAUGCCGAUAACCGGCAUUUCCCUGUUUACAUGUGAUCAACUGGACACAGCGCACCAUCGAUCG